AAAGAGCCGUCCGUCAAUCACUUCCGGGGUCAACAAAGCUUUCACCAGAAAGGUUAUCUAACUAACUUGUACAAUGAAGAAGAUCACAUGAAACAUUCUCAUCACAUUGGUUUCCUCUAUAAAGAUAAGGUGAAGUGACAUCCUAUCGCAAUGAGCGUCCCAUGUCUACUGUCCAGGGCUGCUCGAAGCUUCACAUUGCUGGGGGCGUCCGGUGUGCUGCUACACCGGUUCCGUGUAUUGUGCCCUUGUUCGAUCACAAGGCAUUUUUGUUGCCUUUUCAGGAAAAUGUCAUCCAGAAGACAAAUGGACCAUCUAGAGAGGACAGCCAGCAACUACAGACAAGAUGGUGUAUAUCCGGCGCAGGUAUGUGGCAUCAUGGACGAGUCUGAGACAGUGAAACGCCUCCGGCUAGCUGUCCAUCCAGACUUCACUUUCAGAGCUGGCCAGUGGGUGGACUUCUUCAUCCCUGGUAUGGAGAAGGUAGGAGGAUUCUCUGUGUGUUCCAGUCCAGGUCUGCUGCAGAAAGAGGGUGUCAUCGAGCUGGCUGUCAAAUACACACAACAUCCCCCUGCACACUGGAUACACACCAAGUGCACCAUGGACUCCCAUGUAGCGAUGCGUGUGGGUGGUAACUUUUUCUUUGACCCCCUGCCCUCUGACCCCUCUGUCGACCUGUUGUUGGUGGCUGGGGGCGUGGGCAUUAACCCUCUAUACUCCAUCCUGCUCCAUGCCGCUGACCUGCUACGACAGAACCCCACUAACGCAGGGAGGGGCUACCACAUAGGCUCCACCCACCUCUGCUACAGUGCCAAGAACAUACAGGAGCUGCUCUUCAAGAAAAGCAUCAUAAAUGUGUGUAAGGAAUUCCCAGAGAAAUUCUCCUGCGACUUCCACAUCACCGCACAGACCGCAGACAUCGACCAGGAACUCCAACCGUACAUGAACCGUGGGAGACUGUCAGAGGGGGGGUUGCGUUGCCACGUCGACCCUAACACCACUCUGUGUUACCUGUGUGGCCCUCCACCCAUGAUAGAGAGCGUGGUCCAGACCCUACUAAGCCUAGGCCUAUCCCAGGAAAGGAUACUGUUUGAGAAGUGGUGGUAGUGUGUACUAGAGACAGACCUCUUCAUCAUCAUCUCACCCCGGCCUAACUAUCCCUGCUCUCUCCUCCAGUGCCUAGGAGAUCAGACCAAGCACCUGCCCACGUUACCAUGGCAACAUCUCAAGGAGUAUUGGACCAUAUUUGUCUGGAGCUGCACACAUCAUUUUAUUUAUUUUACUUCACCUAAACAUACUAGGGCUGUGAAGGUCAGCCUGUGAUUGUUAAUUAACGGUCAGUUAUACAUGACAAACACAUUUAGCAUCUCCUGGCUUCCACUCAUAGCCUACAAGCCCCUGAUGCAGACCGUUGGAACAUAUACACUACCGUUCAAAAGUUUGGGGUCACUUAGAAAUUUCCUUGUUUUUGAAAGAAAAACACUUUUUUUGUCUAUUAAAAUAGCAUCAAAUUGAUCAUAAAUGCAGUGUAGACAUUAAUGUUGUAAAUGACUGCAGAUUUUUAAUGGAAUAUCUACAUAGGUGUAUAGAGGCCCAUUAUCAGCAGCCAUCACUCCUGUGAUCCAAUGGCACGUUGUGUUAGCUAAUCCAAGUUUAUCAAUUUAAAAGGCUAAUUGAUCAUUCGAAAACCCUUUUGCAAUUAUGUUAGCACAGCUGAAACCUGUUGUUCUGAUUAAAGAAGCAGUAAAACUGGCCUUCUUUAGACUAGUUGAGUAUCUGGAGUAUUAGCAUUUGUGGGUUCGAUUACAGGCUCAAAAUAGACAGAAACGAAGCCCUUUCUUCUGAAACUCGUCAGUCUAUUCUUGUUCUGAGAAAUGAAGGCUAUUCCAUGCGAGAAAUUGAGAAGAAACUGAAGAUCUCGAACAACGCUGUGUACUACCUUCACAGAACAGCACAAACGGGCUCUAAAAAUAAUAGAAAGAGGAGUGGGAGGCCCCGGUGCACAACUGAGCAAGAGGACAAGUGCAUUAGUGUCUAGUUUGAGAAACAGACUCCUCAACUGGCAGCUUCAUUAAAUAGUACCUGCAAAACACCAGUCUCAACGUCAACAGUGAAGAGGCGAUGCUGGCCUUCUAUGCAGAGUUCAUCUGUACAGGGUCGGUGUUCUUUUGCCCAUCUUAAUAUUUUAUUUUUAUUGGCCAGUCUGAGAUAUGGCUUUUUCUUUGCAAAUCUUUGCAACUCUCUUAGAAGGCCAGCAUCCUGGAGUCAACUCUUCACUGUUGAUGUUGAGACUGGUGUUUUGCGGGUACUAUUUAAUGAAGCUGUCAGUUGAGGACUUGUGAGGUGUCUGUUUCACAAACUUGACACUAAUGUACAUGUCCUCUUGCUCAGUUGUGCACCGGGGCCUCCCACUCCUUCUAUUCUGGUUAGAGACAGUUUGCACUGUUCUGUGAAGGGGGAGGCAUGCGCUGUUUCUUGCCUUACUGCACACAAGUUUGGAAUCAUUCACAAGUGACAGGCUAAAAUUGUCACCCAUCAGACUAUUCUUGAUUUAAUCUUGUCUUUACAUAAACUAAAUGUCAUCCAUGCACUUAAAUAGCAAAUGGAGGACACUUUUCCUGUGGUUCAUUUUCAUGCCAGCGAGGUAGGAUAUACUCCUGUUGUAAAGAGAAGCAAUGUGCUUAAUAGUAUAAGUAAAUAUAGUAGGCCUAUCCCAUAGAAAGCUGAUUGGAUCCUCUUUUUAAGAAGCCAUCAAACAAACAAAAAAACUCAGCAAUUGCAUAGCCUAUAGAAAUGUUGGGCAACAUGAGCUCAUGGGCUCUCAUGAAGUGUUUGAUUACAUUUUCCAAUACAUUUGCAUUGAUGUCAGUGAUUAGAGGGACAAUAGAACGCUAACCUAGUCGUUAGCAAGUUUGGUAGGCUAAUGAGUAUGAGCUUGGAGAAGCCUUGUUACUGUGACUAAACAGUCACGUGGAAUUUGACUGCGGUCAUGACUCUUGACCACUGGGGUGGCGGUAAUAUGGUCACCCUAACUGCCCAAGUCUCUACCAGGUACUAAAUUGAACAUCUGGCUUGACUCGGGUACAACUUGAAUAAAUGAACGCAUCUUUACCAUGAAUAUUCACUUGACUCAGGUGUUCAUCAAAUGCAAUGAACAUAAGUUGAACAUGGCUCAUUGCACUGAGCCUGACUGAUUUUGACCUCUGACCCGUGUGAAGUGCAGUAUAAAAUGUAUAUAAAAGUUUCUUGAUGGUGCACAUUGCCCAGUGGAGAAACUUUCAACUGUUUUCUGAUUAUGAAAAUAAAUCAUUUUAUUCAGUGGAUAUAGUUUGAGGAAAUAAUGUGUAUGUGCAAUUCUGUACAGUAUAAUUAUCUGAUUAUCUUUUUUCUUGCAGUAGAAAAAAAUGUAUAAGGGAAUGCUUUUCAAACAAGACCGAGCCUAGUCUGGCUAACACCAGCUCUCAAAGUCUUUCUGACUGUAGUCACGUGGGUCGCGUCAGCCAGGCUAGACCGAACCACACAGUAGAACCCCUGUUUAUACCUGGUGCUUGAAGUUUAAAUUAUUCUAAUAACUGAUUGUGAUUAGAUAGUUGGGGAUGAUUUGAUGGGUUUGAUGACCGCUCUGGAUGGAGUCAAAUAAAAGAAACCUUUUCAGAGGUGGAUGGAGGGCUGUGAACAGCAAGGUUGUCAAUUUGAAUCACAAUGCGACUUGUUUUCCAACCCUACACAACGUAACUAAUCACAUUUUAGUGUCUUACUGAAGAACUUCAAAUAUGUGAAAAACAAGUGUGGUGCAAUGGACGAGGCACUGGGGAUAUAGGGACCAGAAGGUCCCAGGUUCUAAUCUUUGAUGCCCCUUUUCAAAAAGGUAUAUUUAUAGCCCUGGUUACACCUUGCAUUCAAAUGUGGUUUUGUUAUCUGAUCAAUGUGGUUCAAUGAGAAUGUAGACACGCUCAGCACACAUUGUUAGCACCAGAUAUAAAGGGGCUAGAGAGAAAAUCACACCAGUGAGUGUAUAUAUAUAUAUAGAACGUUUUUUUUUAAACUAUGCAGACCUUAACACAUCUAUCACACACAUCCUGGAAAGUGUCCCCUCAUCCCAUCUCUCUCACACAUCCUGGCAAGUGUCCCCUCAUCCCAUCUCUCACACAUCCUGGCAAGUGUCCCCUCAUCCCAUCUCUCUCACACAUCCUGGCAAGUGUCCCCUCAUCCCAUAUCUCUCACACAUCCUGGCAAGUGUCCCCUCAUCCCAUCUCUCUCACACAUCCUGGCAAGUGUCCCCUCAUCCCAUCUCUCUCACACAUCCUGGCAAGUGUCCCCUCAUCCCAUCUCUCUCACACAUCCUGGCAAGUGUCCCCUCAUCCCAUCUCUCUCACACAUCCUGGCAAGUGUCCCCUCAUCCCAUCUCUCUCACACAUCCUGGCAAGUGUCCCCUCAUCCCAUCUCUCUCACACAUCCUGGCAAGUGUCCCCUCAUCCCAUCUCUCUCACACAUCCUGGCAAGUGUCCCCUCAUCCCAUCUCUCUCACACAUCCUGGCAAGUGUCCCCUCAUCCCAUCUCUCUCACACAUCCUGGCAAGUGUCCCCUCAUCCCAUCUCUCUCUUCCCACUUACACACACACCACGACUUCUUCCAAUCAUCACACACCCAUCCAGGCCUGAAAUCGCACACACACCUCUCACAAAUGAGUUUGCAUAUACAGAGGCAGAGGGGGAUCUGUCAUGGUGCACUGUAAUAUAACCUCCUGGUGGUCCUUGUCCCCUGAAAUAGUUUUGUUUUGCUCCUCAGAUGUGAGACGACUGAGGGGUGUAUACAGAAUUAAGAGUUGAAAUAAAAGAAAAGAAGUCAGUA